GAAAACUUUAAAAACGCGCCAGCCCCUGGGCCCUAAACUUAUUUCCCAUCUGAGCUUGGAGCUGAACACAACCGAUCCGGAAAAAAUCACCAGUAGCAGCAGUGGCCAUGAAGUGCACUUUGCUAACCACAUUGCUGGCAACCCUGGCGGUUUCCUCCUUGGCGGCCCCUUUUGAUUUGGGAACCCUCUUCUCCGGGCUCCAGCCGUUGGAGAAACAGGAUGUGGUCAAGCGGCAGGUGCAGGCGAAUCCGGACGCCGAGCUGAAGCAGAUCUCCUUCCACGGCCUGAUCGGAGAUCUGGAGGACAGUCUCUUCCAGUCCGCGCUGAGUCUCCACCAGGCCAGUGCGCCGGGCAGCGAGGUGGAGGAGGUGAAGCCGGAGUCCCCGGCCCAAAUAGCUGAGGACGAGGAGCACGCUCUGACCAAGCGGUCGGACGAGGCCACUCCGGCCACGGACGCCGAUGCCACGUCCGCGGACGAGGGUUCGCUGCGCAAGAUCCUGUUGCAGACCACCAGGAAGGUGCCGAACAGCGAGGACGGUGUGCCCGCCCACCUGAUCAUCGACCACGUGUCCGUGCAGCCACACAACGGCGGAGUCCUGCCGCUGAUUCCCACCUUCCAGGUGCACCACACCAAGCUCAUCUCGGCCACCAUCAAGGAGGACUCGAACAACGACAGCAGCGACGGCAAGCAGACCAAGAUCAGCAUCACCAAGACCUCGAUCACAUCCACGGCUCCCAUUGAGAGUGUGGAGGAGUUGGUGGCCAGCGCGGGAGCCACCAGUGCCACCGAGGAAGCCGCCACGAAGGUGGAGACCACCACGAAGGUCCCAGAAAAGGAGGAGAUCGCCACAAAGGUCCCAGAAAAGGAGGAGGCCACCACCAAGGUACCAGAGAAGGAGGAGAGCGACAAGAGCUCCACAACCGUCCUGGCCAUCGUGAGCAGCUCCACUGCCAUCAGCAGCUCCUCCCCCUCCAGCACCACCACCACCACCACCAGCAGCACCACCACCACCGAGGAGCCCAUCCAGAAGCUGAAGAAGGACGAGGAGAAGCUGAAGGAGAAGGUGGCCGAGGUGGAGGCCGACCCCGUCAUCCUCUCGGCUCGCGUUUAAGCCAGCCGACCCCUGAUCCCACUGAUCCCACUAGCUGUAACCCAUCGCGCCCCUCAUCCCCCGCUCACAUAUUUAUGGCCCGCCAAGUUCAAUUAAAGUCAUGUGAUUUGAAUCGA